UGGAGCCUGACACCAGCAAUCUCAUUGGUGCUGCUGCUGUCUCCUCUCCUUGCUCAGGCACAGAGGCACAGCGCUCCCACUUGCUCUUUCUCCUCGUCGUCGCUCCUAUUCUAAGUACACCACCAACCCCAAGGCCGUCUCCCUGACGCUGAGGUCGCUCACAGCCGCAAUGUCGUGGCUCCUGGUCGUCGCCGUGCUUGUCGGCUUCGCGGUCGAUCCGUCGGCGGCGACGGACCACAUCGUGGGCGCCAACCACGGGUGGAACCCCAACAUCAACUACUCCCUCUGGUCCGGCAACCAGACCUUCUACGUCGGCGACCUCAUCUCGUUCCGGUACCAGAAGGGGGGGACGCACAACGUGUUCGAGGUGAACGAGACGGGGUACGACAACUGCACCAUGGACGGGGUCGCCGGCAACUGGACCUCCGGCAAGGACUUCAUCCCGCUCCCCGAGGCCCGCCGCUACUACUUCAUCUGCGGCAACGGCUUCUGCCUGCAAGGCAUGAAGGUCGCCAUCACCGUCCACCCGCUCCGGCACAACGCCUCCUCCGAUGGCUCCAGGGGCAGCACCGGAGCGCAGGGAGAGGCCUCCACGGCGGCGCUCAGGACGAGGGGCGCCGCGUGGCUGGCAGCAAUCGCUGUCGUCGCAGCUGCCGCUGGUGCCUUCUGUUAGGAGCUUUGAUUCCGAGAUUUCUCUGAAUAUUUUUUGUUCUAUUUGUGUGCUUUGCUCCAUUUGCUCCCAUUUCAUGGGUCUUCAUCAACUUCUCUGCAAGCGAAACUACGCGUCUCGAGGAACGUUGAGCAGAACGAGAACAGCUACAGUGUAUUCAGCAAAAGAUUGGGAUCAUCCGGUCUCAAAGCCAACUAUUUUGAGAGCAAUGCUUAUCUCCUGACAA